CCCGCGACAGCUCAGCUCCAGGACAAGUCGCCACCGACAGCAUGCGACGCACACUCCAAUCGGCCCUGCUACUGGGUCUGUCGACCUUCGCGACCGCCGUCUUCAAGGACGAGGUCGGCGACAUCGACUUCCACUACUCCCUCCUCGGCCUGCCGCAACAGGACGCCACCUUCUUCCACCGACCGCGCAGGGACGAGAAGGCGAGCCUGCUCUACACCAUCAGCGACCUUGGCGUCGUCGGCGCUGUCAAUCCGAGUAACGGCGACUUGGUAUGGCGGCAGCGCAUCGCGGACGAUGCCGACAAAGUCGCGACACCUGGGUUCUUACGCGCCCCCGAGGGCGAGCACUGGGUCGCGGCAGCUCACGGCUCCAAGGUCCAGGCCUGGGGUGCCGCGUCUGGGCGCAACAUCUGGCAGACGCAAUUUCGAGGCGAGGUGAAGGACCUAGAGAUCCUGGAGAUCACCGAGGCCUCGCGCAAGGAUGUCCUGGCGCUGUUCGACGAGGACGGCGUCACGGUGUUGCGUCGCCUCCACGGCGCCCUAGGCACCGUCGUCUGGGAGUUUCGCGAGCACAGCAAGGACGCGCCCCUGCAAGUCUCCACCAACAUUGCCAACGUCUACGUCGUUAGCCUCCACGGCUCGGGGUCCUCAUACAACCUCAAGGUCAUAUCGCUCGAUACCGCUUCCGGAUCGCGCGUCGACCACUGGUCCGUCGGCACAAAGGGCGACAUCCAUGGCCCUGGCGAUGUCAUGUUCGUGGGCGCCAACUCAGCGGCGCCCAUCGUCGCAUGGGCAAAUAGGGGUCUGGCCAAGCUCAGCGUCAACAUACUCGGGUCCAAGUCUAAGCAAGACUUUCACCUCCCUCCUGAUGCGGCGUCGGUGCAGAUCCACGCCCCGCAUCUCGCACAGUCACAACCGCACUUUCUGGUGCACAUCCAGACCAAGCCGGACGGCGCAGGAGAGAAGAAUAACAAAGCCAUCGUGUUUCACACGAACCUUAAGACGGGACAGAGCGAUAUUGCAUACGAGCUGCCCUACUUCCGUGGCGAGGGUGCCUUCUCUGUGAGCUCCGAGGGUGCCAACGUCUACUUUACGCAAGUUAGUAGCGAGGAGACCCUGAUCGUCUCGUCUGACUCGCACGCCAUCCUUGCCCGCUGGCCAGUCAAGCAGGGCGCCAACGUACACCCAGUUGCGGCCGCGUCCGAAGUCAUCAAGAAGCCCGGCGGCACGGAAUUCGCCGUUCGCUCCGCGAUUCUCACACAAGGCGACGAGUGGACGCUCAUUCGCAACGGCGAAAAGGACUGGGCCCGGGUUGAGGGUCUGUCUGGCGCUGUGGCCGCAGCCUGGGCCGAGAUUCCCGAGGCCGAGGAUCUGGCCAAGGUCCUGGCCGAGGAGGCCCACACGAACCCAUUGUCGGCGUACAUCCACCGCGUCACGCGUCACAUCGAGGACCUACAGCACUUACCUGGGUACUUGGCUAGCAUUCCCGGCAAUGUGAUCAACAGCAUCGCAGGUGGCGAGAUAAUGGGCAAGAGGUCAGGUCUGCACCGUGAUACGUUUGGCUUCAACAAGAUCCUUGUUGUCGCCACUGGCCGUGGGCGCUUCUACGGUCUCGACUCUGGAAACGGAGGCAAGGUUGUCUGGACGCAAAAAUUCUUCCCUCGUGAUGCUCGCAAGCCCUUGGAAGUCAGGGCGCUUACUGCAAAUGGCGAGGAGGGCCUCAUGAUUGUGUACGGUGCCGAAGGCGAGCAUGCCAUCUUCAACGCCACGACCGGGGCCUCGCGAACCCUUGUCGGCGCCUCUGGCGACCGCGACGCCAUCUCCAGCGUUGCUGUUGUCGACACUGAGUCCGAGAAAUUCCUACUUCCUAUUGGGACCGACGGAUUGCCGGCGGGGAACCUACCGUCUGGUUGGGAUGCCGAGCGGACCGUGGUCGUGCGAAGCGGCGACGUCCUCAAGGGCGUCAAGUACGGCUCUGAGGGAGGCAAGGUUACCAGACAGGACGUCUGGCAGCUGCAGGUGUUUGUCGGGCAGAAGAUUGUCGAGGUUGCCAGUCUCCCGUCGCACAACCCAAUCGCUUCCAUCGGUCGUGUGCUUGGCGAUCGCCGCGUCAUGUAUAAGUAUCUGAACCCCAACAGCCUCGUCGUCGCAGUUGCGGACGAAAAGGCAAACAGCCUGUCCAUGCAGUUGCUCGAUGCCGUCUCCGGCCAAGUCCUUGCCUCGCAGCUGUACGACGGCGUCGACUCGACCAAGGCGGUGUCAUGCGCGAUGGCCGAGAACUGGUACGCCUGCUCCUUCUUCGGCGACUACAAGCUCGACGACAAUACGGACCGCGCCAUCAAGGGCUACCAGGUGGUGGUAUCGGACCUGUAUGAGUCGCCCGACCCCAACAGCCGCGGUCCUCUGGGCGAGUCGGCCAACUUUUCGUCGCUCAGCCCUGUCGACAGCCCGACGGGCGUCCCGCUGCCGUGGGUGGUGUCGCAGGCCUACGUCAUGUCCCAGCCCCUGAGCACCCUGUCGGUCACGCAGACGCGCCAGGGCAUCACGACUCGGGAGCUGGUCGCCUACCUCCCAGAGUCGCACAGCAUCCUUGGCCUUUCUCGGCACGCCAUCGACCCCCGCCGGCCGGUCGGUCGAGACCCCACGGCGGCCGAGAUGGAGGCCGAGAUGCUGAUGAAGUACGCCCCGGCCACGGAGAUUGACCCCCGCAGCAUCCUCUCCCACGAAUACGACGUGGUCGGCGUCCGGGGCAUCGUGGCCGCGCCGGCCCUGGUGGAGAGCACGAGCCUGCUGGCGGCGUACGGCGUGGACGUGUACGCCACACGGGUCGCCCCGAGCGGCGUGUUUGAUAUCCUGGGCCAGAGCUUCAACAAGGUGACGCUCGUGGGCACGGUGCUGGCGCUGCUGGCUGGCGUCCUGGUUGUUGCCCCAAUGGUCCGGAGGAAGCAAAUCAACAUGCGGUGGGUGGCCAACUUUUAGAUGUAGACUACAUGUAUAAAAAGGGAAAUAAGGAAAGUUACAAGUCAAGUGUACCUUGCCUGUAUGUGUCCUAACCCCUCGCCUUGCGGGAUAGCCUUUUGUAGCACACCAGGUCUUCUUGCCAUCGUCGCAUGCCCUCAUAUACGAAGUAUGUAUCUCCACGGGCCAUGCCAAGCAGAUCCUUUGCAUCACAGCGCCCCCCUCUUCCCCUCCGCUGCCGUGCAACACC